AUGGCGUCCGGAACCAUGCAAUAUGCGACCCGCCAGGACUGGCAAGACAUAAUGAAAAACAGAUCCCGUCUGAAGAUGCAUGAAUUGAUCGAACGGCUGGGACUGCGUGCGAAAUGGAGCUCCAACAAGCGCGGCAAAACCAAUUUCGAUAGUCCCCUGGUGAAAGAGCUAGUACUGGAUAUGACCAACAUUGUCUCGGAGCUGCCCAAGGAUCCGGAUGAGCUGGUUGAGAUCUUGGGGGCUCCUGAUAGUCUGCGUGCGGAAACAGAUCAUCUUUUGAACAAACAUGGGGCGGCGAUUUGGGGCAGAAUGGGUAACAGGGACCAUUUGGUCAAGAUGGGAGAGCCAGAUAUUGAACCGUUCUACUAUCCUCGAGAUCUUUACUUUGACAAUGAGGAGGAUCGUGAACUCAUACGGACGGUCCUACAUUGGUGGAUCGGCCUGAAGGCAUGCAAUGUCAUCCAUGCGCGUGGACGGCUGGAUCGUGAGCGAAAGAAAAAGGAGGAUAGAAUUAAAUUCAAAGAUGAGCAUCCAAGUCCAAUGGACAUCAUUCCACCAGUGUUGAUCGCGCCUGCACUUCCACAUGGAUAUCCUAUGGAUCACAGGAGGCCUCCUAUUCAGUUCUCCAAUCACAGUGCUGCUACUUAUGGACAUCCUCCGCGCCAUAUGCAAGUCCUCAGGCUCGACACAGCACCUCACGGUCAAUACACUCCUUCAACCAGUGCAAGCCCAUUACCAUCGAGUGACAGUCCGAUAACUUCGUCACAAGGGCAUAGUACACUCCCAUGGCGGAUAAGCCCUCUCUCACACCAAUCGCAAAAUGGUCCAGCAACAGAUCAUGGCCCACGACAUCCACCACCACCGCCACCACCACCGAUACAGCACCCACCAGCCAUCGCACCUCAUCAGCAUCCGACACGCUCACUUCCUCCUUUGGUAAAUCGAAUAAGUUCCGAACUAAAUACAUUAGCAUCCAACUUUCUUGAAGAUAGACCACUACCCCCUUCAAACAUGCCCCCGCAACCUCCAACGGUCCGCACCCUCGACCCUGAACUUCUUUACGCGUUCCGUAAAUACAUAUACCCGACAGAGAAUGGGCCGCGGUGGGAUGAAAGCAUACUUCUUCGGCGUCUUGAGACUGCCUGGAGAGAUGACGUCCGACCCUCGCAUGCCCGCACCGCCAUCAACAAUGUGCCCCUUUUUGCCGCGCACGAUCGCGUGUUCCUUGUAUGGAUCGAACUUCGCAGACACCUUGCGGAUCUCGAGGUGGCAGGUAAAUUAUGGCAACAAGAAACGAAAACCCAAGAAGAGAUCGACGCACGCGUUCAGCAACACAAGACGCUCAUGAGCGCAAGUCGGGACAUCGUACGCAGCUGGGACGAAAUAGCCCAAACCAUCAACCUGCUCUGGGCUCCAGAGGGGCUCAACACUGACGGCCUGCUGGUACAGGCAUUUGGAGUGCUCGCUGGGCAGAGGAACGCAGACAUUAUUGCUUGGGGACCUUUGGGUGUCGAAGAGACAAUAAGGUGGCUGGAUGCUCACGUAAAAGAGAAUGCCGCGGAAGAGAAACGGGGCGAAGAGCUGUAUGAACUCAAAGGGGAGACUAGAUGA